AUGGAGGAUGCCCAUGUCAUCUACGCUGAAGAUAGCUGGGGCUUCUUUGGAAUCUUUGAUGGCCAUGGAGGGAGCGAGUGCUCCCAGUUCAUAGCCAGGCGCAUCGACGAAGAGCUGCGUACAAGUGGAAUGCCGGCCACAAAUGAGGCCAUUACUGACAUGGCAUUUCGCCUAGACAACGAAUUUCUGAAUUCGAAUCGGCCCGGUGGAUCAUGUGCAACGUUCGUCAUUGCCCAAGCGCCCACAAGACCUGGAGGUAGCUAUCACCUUCGGGUUGGAAACCUUGGCGACAGCCGCGUGCUACUGGGGCGCGCAGAUGGCUCGAUCUUCCCAGGGCCUGGAACCGACCUGGCCCUCACCACGGACCCAUGCCAAUUGAAGAUUCAUACCUAA